CGUUACGGUUUCUACGCACUCGCCGGGUGCGAUAAUUUUAAUAAUUUCAUUCCAUUCUACUUUUAGAAAAUGCCAAAAGAUAAAAUUCAGCACGGAAGUUACCAUCAGUAUUACGAGUUUCGCUCACGGGACAGCCGACCACAAUGUUUAGAGAACUGUCUUCGUCAAUGCUCAAAUCAGCUCGCUCGCCUAAAUAACCGCACCAUCCACAUGCUCGAUAUCGGUUGCAACAGUGGCAAACUAUCGAACUCGGUGCUGGCUGUCAUUCAAUCGACUUAUGGAGAAUCCCAGCUUGUUCACAUGAUCGGGGUGGAUAUUGACAUGGAUCUGGUGGCUCAGGCACGCAGCUCGUAUGGCAAUGAGAAUUUACAGUUUGCCCAAGCCGAUAUCAGCGCCAUAGCCAUAGAAGACUCAGAAGGGAAGGAUUCGAUUGCGAUGUAUAUGGAGCGUGCUGGAAUCCGCCAAUUCGAUUAUGUGUUCUGCUUCUCGGUGCUCAUGUAUGUUCAUCUGAAUCACGGAGACCAAGGACUUCAAGCUGUGCUGGAUUAUGUUUGCUCUAGGGCGAAUGUUUUGGUAUUGGAACUACAAAGCUGGAAAAAGUAUCGUGAUCAUGUACGAAGAAUGAGGAGGGAGGGUGAGGGAGAGUAUCCACACUUUGAAUCGCUUGAAUGGAAGGGAAAUUACGGUAGAUUGGAGGAACACAUUAAGCAAUAUGUAAUAAGUCGAGGGUUUCAUUUGGUGUUUGAAGAGGGCAAUAGGAACGAAUUCAAUCGAAGUUUAAUUUUAUUUUCGAGAAAUUCCACAUAGGCACUUGCGAACAGUAACUCAAAAACUAAAUUAAUUACUAUUGUACAAUUUACAUGGUAACAUGAUUAAUAUUACAACAUACAAAACAGAAAGGAUAUUUCAGAUCUAAGAGAAAAUAUAUCGUUUUUGAAGCUUCAA